AUGGUGUUUUCUACAUUAUUUAUAGAUAAAAAGUAGAUUUGCUUCAAUAAAAAUGUGGCAAAUUUUUUCUUUCCUGUAUUUUUUCCUGACUACAGCAUCUGGAAAGUUGACAUGCAUUAAUGACAAUGGAGAUUCUGUUGACAUGUUUAUUUUGUAUAAGUUGCCUCGAAUCAAGACUUACCAUGUUCCUGAUUUGGUUCAUUCAGGCCUAGGUUAUGGGUAUUUAGAUUCACAAACCAUGAAGUUUGCUUUGUCUUCUUUUUCUAUUGGCGAUCAAAACAGUGCUGCUGGAAGAACAUUAAACCAAGUCUACUCAAAAUUUAAAAAUAAUGACAACACUGUAGAAGAUAUAGCACAUAUAUUUUACAAUGAUGAAAAUCCAAACGGUGAACCUUUUUAUAAAGAUUGUGGUCACACUAAAGGAGCUGUGGCAUUUGAUCAAGAAACAGGUUUUUGGAUGAUAACAAGCGUUCCAAAAUAUCCUUAUGCUGCAGCCGAAGGUUAUUCUUAUCCAAGCACUGGUUGCAUGUAUGGUCAAAUGUUUUUGUGUGUUACCUUCAAUACAAGUAUGUUUGAUACAAUUGGCUUACAAUUGAGAUUCAAUGAUCCUCAUAUCCAUGAUUCAAAUUUUCCAUCUUCUUGGGAAAGUUUGUUCCCUAAUGUAAAUAAAGCUUUAAAAGGUGACAUGAUCAAAGAAUCACCAUUUACAAACUUGGUAGAGUUGACAUCUUUGGCAGGAGUUAAGUUUUUAAGCUUUGCAAAAUCAGGAGGAUUUGAUCAUGAUUUGUAUCGAGAUUUUGUUGCUCCAUCAUUAAAAAGCAAUAUUCUUACAGAAACUUGGCAACAUGGUGCUGUGUUAAAUUCUUCUUGCAAUAUCAAAUAUACAGUUGAAGAUAUUAUAAAGUUAAAUGUACAAUUGGGUGAUCUUGAUUUUCCUUUUCCCAAUUUUGAUGACCAUUCUAAGUAUGUUGUUGGGAAGACUGAAGACUCCCCCUAUGUUUGUGUUGGGGAUAUUAAUCGUGCUCCAACGCAGUUUGUUCGUGGUGGUGGAACGUUGUGCUUAAAGGACGUAACCAUAUGGAAAGUAUUUCGAUCGUUUGUGGUAGAAGAUGAAGAGUGCAGUUAACGAUUUUUUUUUUUUUUACUUUUGCUGAUUAAAUUUUUAAAAUUUUUU